AUGGCGGCGCCCAGCCAAGUGGCCACGGCAGUCCUCGGUGAGGGCGAUGGCGGGGGUUUUGGCUCCUGGUUGGACGGACGGUUGGAGGCGCUGGGAGUGGACCAAGCCGUUUACGGCUCUUACAUCCUUGGUGUCCUGCGGGAUGAGGAGGAGGAAGAGAAUCUGGACAUCCUGCAAGGUAUCCUCUCUGCUUUCCUGGAAGAAGAUUCCCUCCUCGAUAUAUGUAAGGAAAUUGUGGAACGAUGGUCAGAAACACAAAGUGUCAUCACCAAAGUUGAAAAAGAAGAUGAGGUUCAGGCCAUUGCCACCUUGAUUGAGAAGCAAGCCCAGAUUGUGGUGAAGCCCAGGAUGGUUUCAGAAGAGGAGAGGCAGAGGAAAGCCGCCCUGCUGGCCCAGUAUGCUGAUGUGACAGACGAAGAGGACGAAGCAGAUGAGAAAGAUGAUCCGGGUACUUCGACAGCAAACAUCGGCUCUGACAAAUUUCUGUUCCGAAACACCAAUGUGGAAGAUGUUCUCAAUGCUCGGAAAUUGGAACGAGAUUCCAAUAUGUGGCUCACUGUGCUGCUGCUGGCAGUGCUGCUGCUGGCCUUGAUGCUGCUGGAGGGUCUCCGCAGGAUUUACCUUGGUCUCUUUGGCGGAAACUCCCCGAACCCCUUCUCCGAGGACGUCAAGCGGCCACCUGAACCCCUGGUGACCGACAAGGAGGCCAGGAAGAAGGUUCUCAAACAAGGAUUCUCAGCCAGCCGAGUACCAGAGAAGCUGGAUGCCGUGGUGAUUGGCAGUGGCAUUGGGGGGCUGGCCUCAGCUGCGAUUCUGGCUAAAGCUGUAAGGGUCCCACAGCCCCUGCGGAGCCUUAUCGUGCAGUCCUUCAGCAGCGCCUGUCCCCUGCUAGAACUACAUUUCCCAGGAGGAAAUGCAAAUCCCACACCGCACACGUCGUAG